GCAAAUGGCGGUCGCUCGCAGCAGUCCACGGGGGACAUGUCUGAAGAGCUUUAUUACCGGAGUCAGGAAGAGCCAUUGAGCCUUCUGCUAGGUUGAGCAACGCGUUGUCGCUACGUUCGACCUAACGGGCUCUCGCAGAAUGCCGUCGACUGCGGCCUCUGAUACCCUAUCAAAAACCAUUUAUUUGCGCCAGGCGUAUCCUUGACGCGAUUGACGAGAAAGCCAGCUCUUUUCUUGGCUUACGCGCCAGCGUCUAAGAGAAACAGCAACUUUAGCGAAAUUAGGACCCUUCGUAGUUGAAGCCAUGGCUGUCACCAGCGCUGUUUCUCGGCCGGCGCUUGCAUCUGCGCUGAGCUCCGCUCGUAGCGCUGAGUCGAAACGAGCACGUGUACAUCAUAGUCUAGUAACAGACAAUCCUGUAACGGGUGGUCCUGUAACGCAAAGGCACGCGUUUUCAACCAGGCCACGACGUAGCCGUGCUUGUUUAGGCCCGGAAUCAAGCUCCCGAUCCACUUAUCUGUCGCAAUGUCGCACCAAGUCACGGCCAUGGCGCCUUGCCUUCCAAGCCGCCGCGGAAGGAAAUGGAGCCGCGUCGGUAGCCGCGGCGGUGGUGGCGGAGGACGCGGAGUGCGAGGGAGACGCGGACGACGGGUACUGCAGCGCGCAGGAGUUCAGCGGCGACGGGCGCGAGCCCGCGGUGGAUGAUCCGCGCGAUGCCUCGCGCGCAGAGGAGCCGCGGAAAGAGCACAAGGCGUCCUCGCCGGUGAUCACGUGGCAGCUCGUGGUUGGGCUGGUGCUGCGGCACAAGCUGCGGCUGCUGGGGCUGGCGGUGGGGCUGGUGGCGGGCACGGCGUGCAACGUGGUGCUGCCGCGCAUCAACGGUAACUUCGUGCAGGCGCUCGUCGCGCCCGUGCCCGUGCCGCUGCCGCGCCUGCUGCUGCCGAUCGCGGCGAUCUACGUGGUGGAGCCCGCCGCGACGCUGCUGUUCGUGUCGAGCCUGUCCGCCGUGUGGGAGGCCGUCAUGGCCGCCGUGCGCGUCCGCGUUUUCCGCCGCCUGCUGCUGCAGAAGGUGGCGUUCUUCGACGCGCACAAGGCGGCGGAGCUGAGCGGCGUGGUGGCGGUGGAGCUGGGGUUCCUCGACAAGGCCGUCACCGACAACGUCACGCGCGACCGCGGGCUGCGCUCCAUCUGCGAGGUGGUAUCGACGCUGCUGGUUCUCUUCUUCAUCGCGCCCGACCUCGCCCCUGUAUUCUCGCUGCUCGCCGUCGGCAUCUCCCUCAUCGCUGGCAUCUACAAGCGCGGCACGAUGCCCGUGUUUGUGAGCAGCAGCAAGACCCAGGCGCGCAUCACCGACGCCGCCUCCGAGACCUUCCAAGCCAUCCGCACUGUGCGGUCCUUCGGAGGCGAGGCACGCCAGCUGGCGCGGUUCGCAGGCCACGUGGCGGAGGCCCGGGAGACGGGCACGCGACUGAGCGUGCUCAAGUCGACGAAUGAGGCGCUGACACGUGGCUGCGUGUACAUCUCCCUCAUGUGUGUCUACAUCCUGGGCGGCCACAAAGUGCAGACGGGCAUACUGCCAGCUGGCACGGUGCUGGCAUUUGUGGGCUACACAUUCCUCCUCACCUUCGCUAUCCAGGGGCUGGUGAACACCAUGGCGGACAUCCAGAACGCGCUCGCAGCCGUGGGGCGCAUCAACGCCCUCCUCUCCUCCACCCCACCCGAGCCUAACCUCGCCAUCCCUGAACCUCUCCCGGACCUCUCUGUGCCGCUCGCUCCCACCACGGAUUGCCACGAGCCAGGGAGCUCAGGGGCAGUGAGGGGGGAGGCGGGAGAGGAGGAGGGCGCGGAGAAGGCAGUGAGGGCGAACGGGGCAGCGGCGGUGGCGGGAGGGGGUGGGUUGUCCGCGUGUGAGCUGGCGUGGACGGGCGACAUCGAGCUCAAAGACGUGCGCUUUGCCUAUCCACAGCGGCCGUCAGUGGAGGUGAUCAAGGGCAUCAACCUCACGCUGCCACGUGGCAGCGUCACAGCGCUUGUGGGCGGCAGUGGAGCGGGCAAGUCAACGGUGGUGCAGCUGUUCUCAAGGUUCUAUGAGCCGGUGUCGGGCACCAUAUCCCUGGCGGGCAUUGACAUCUCCGCCUUUGACCGCACGCAGUGGACUCGCGCCGUCUCUCUCGUCAGCCAGGAGCCGGUGCUAUUCGCCAUGUCGGUGCGUGACAACAUAGCUUAUGGCCUCCCUGAUGCUGACGUGGCAGAUGCUGACAUCAUCCGGGCUGCCAAGGCUGCGAACGCGCAUGAGUUCAUUGUGAAGCUGCCCCAGGGCUACGACACGCUGGUGGGGGAGAGGGGCGGGCUGCUCAGUGGCGGCCAGAGGCAGCGCCUGGCGAUAGCGCGGGCGAUUCUGAAGGACGCGCCCAUCCUGAUUCUGGACGAGGCUACGAGCGCACUGGACAGCGUGUCGGAGCGACUCGUGCAGCAGGCGCUGGAGGGGCUGAUGCAGGGCCGCACAACGCUGGUGAUAGCCCAUCGCUUGAGCACUGUGCAGGCUGCAGAUCAAAUAGUAGUGAUGGCGGCCGGCAAACUGGUGGAGAGAGGUACCCAUGCCGAGCUGGUGGCACAGGGGGGUGCAUAUGCCACGCUAGUCAAUGCGCAGCACUUGACGUUCGAAUAGCUUGAUUCAAUAAAGUGAUUGAGAAAGCUUGCUUUCUUGUCCUUUGCAAUAGGCAUCGUUCUCAUUUCAAGUGGGCAUCGUUCUCAUUUCAAGUGGCAUGGUACAAUAGUCGCUUACUAGCUUAUAAGAAUCUAAACAUGCACACAUCAUGAUCCUAGUUGUGCGCUCCCGUUCAAGUGACCGGCUACGUGGGUGGAGGUAAAUGAGCUCCAACCCACGUAUAUGUAGUUGGAGAGGGGCGAGUAGCGCGCUUCGACGAUGCCCAAUGCUUCAGUACAAUCAGCUUCGCUUUCACAAUACACAAUUUUUGAAAAA